GCGCCCGGGCCCCGCCGCUCGCCGCCCCUCGUGCCGCCGCCAUGUCGCGCUACCUGCGCCCUCCCAACACUUCGCUCUUCGUGCGGAACGUGGCCGACGACACCCGGUCUGAAGACUUGCGCCGUGAGUUUGGUCGUUAUGGGCCUAUAGUUGAUGUAUACGUUCCGCUUGACUUCUACACUCGUCGUCCCAGAGGAUUUGCUUAUGUUCAAUUUGAAGAUGUCCGCGAUGCUGAAGAUGCUCUCCAUAAUUUGGACCGAAAGUGGAUUUGUGGUCGGCAGAUAGAAAUCCAGUUUGCACAGGGCGAUCGGAAGACACCAAAUCAAAUGAAAGCCAAGGAGGGGAGAAACCUAUACAGUUCUUCUCGUUACGAUGACUAUGACAGAUACAGGCGAUCUAGGAGCCGGAGUUACGAAAGGAGACGAUCUAGAAGUCGCUCUUUUGAUUACAGCUAUAGAAGAUCAUAUAGUCCCAGAAACAGUAGACCUACUGGAAGACCUCGUCGUAGCAGAAGCCAUUCGGACAAUGAUAGGUUCAAACACCGCAAUCGAUCUUUUUCAAGAUCUAAGUCCAAUUCAAGAUCACGAUCCAAGUCACAGCCCAAGAAAGAAAUGAAGGCUAAAUCACGGUCUAGGUCUGCAUCUCACACCAAAUCUAGAGGCACUUCUAAAACAGAUUCUAAAACACACUAUAAGUCCAGCUCAAGAUAUGAAAAGGAGUCGAGAAAAAAAGAACCAGCUAGAUCCAAAUCACAGUCAAGAUCACAUUCUAGAUCUAGGUCAAAAUCCAGAUCAAGGUCUUGGACUAGUCCCAAGUCCAGUGGCCACUAAUAGUGAGUCCACGUUGGUUUUAGGCAUGUAAGACUCAUUUACACACAGUUCAGUUUACUUAAAUUAUCAGGAAUAUGAUGUUGCAACAGUGCUAAAAAAAUCUUUUCUUCGUCAGUUUUCCCUGUAGCAGACAACAAUGGUUAAAGUUUAAAACAGUGUGGAGCAGCCACUGAGACAGAGGGAGAGAGAGAGAGAAUGUCCUCUUGGUUACGUGUUAUGGGCAGCUCUGAAUUGAUUGUGGUGUCUCAAUGUAUAUUUUUGUAAAGAUUUGCAUUUUGAAUGCUUAGAUAUCGGUGAUGACUUGAUUGGUCGUAAUUUGCAACCUUGUCCUGUUCAAAAUGUCAUGCCCAUAGCAAUUGAUACCAGUUUGUACUGAACAGUUAAACCAGCUGUUUAACGUGUUCUUUAACGCUAAACGUUGUGAUGAAAUGGAAAACUGGACAGCUGUAGCGCAACACUGACUGCUGUGAAAUGCAGACUGGUAAUUUUACGUUUUCAUUGUUCAGAGGCAGGUUUCUGUGUUCUCCAUGCCCAGUGACAAGUAGGUUCGUAAGUGGAGCUCUGUGGAGAGAGAUUUUUGAAAUUUCUCUGCCAUCUGGAGAGGUGGUGCUAGUGCUGCAUGUACUGCACGGGACACAGCUGGUCUUGGAAGCCCGGUCAGAGGCUGUGCAGUGUUGUGAGUUGUCAGGAAAGGGGCUUCACUGCUCUUGGCCUGGCUGCUAAUACUAAAUAUGUGAGGGUGGAGGGGGGGGACCUUGAAAUGGAAAAUUAAAUUGAGAUUCCAGAAAAUGGCAGAGCAUCUAAAUAUUAGGUUGUGUGUAUAUUUUACGCAGUUUUUGUAUCUAUUCUAAAUUUUAGUGAGCAGUUAACCAUGAGAUUGCUUAGUUUUCCCGCUGUUAGAUGCAAGUAGAUUGUUUCAAGUUGUGUGUGUACAGUAUAUAAGAACUCAACUUUUAUGCCAAUGACUCCUGUGGUUAGUUGGUGUAUUCAUAGGUAUAAAACUGUAGCCAUCUCUCUUCUCGAGUAAAAAAGGCUUGCUUUUAUACAUUGAGAAAUAUUUAGUCAAGCAAGUCUGAAUCACUUCUUCCUCAGAAUGGAUAGUGGUUUGGUUACAAAAUUUCAUUUUACUUAAGAACAAGUGUUUAAAGUUGGAUAUGAACAAGAGCUGCAUCUCUAGCUAUUUAGUUUCACUAAUGCAGUGCAUUUAGUAAAUCAAAUGUGAAAAAUAACAAAACCAGUGUGUAAUCUUAACAGUAUUUCUCUAGAAGAAGGCAAGAUAUUUUGUUAUGAAAAUGGCUUUUGGCAUUGUUUUUUUUUUUUUCUCUUUGUCUUAAAAGCCAGCAUCAGACACCCGGUGUUCCAUGCUGUCUGUGUAGUGAAUGAAGACACAAAUUUCAAAAAGAUCAUCUUUAGAGAAGUGUUUUAGGGUUUGGUUUUAGUGUUCAGCAGGGCCUUUCAAGAAAUGCAAAUGGCUUUUAAAUGUUAGUGGCAGAACGUGCUUAGGGGAUUGAUUCUAGGAACCUUGGUACGUUUGAUGGUGUUUCUGACUUUUUCCUUUACUGUUUGCAGUUACUGUUCAUGUUCUGCUAUGCAAUCAUUUAUAUGCACGUUCCUUUAGUUUUGUAGACUUUCCUGGAUGUAUAGUUUAAAAACAGCAUAAAGUCUAUUUAAAACUGUAGCAGUAGUGUGCAGCUCUAGCAGAGGAAAGUUGUGGGAUUAAACUUUGUAUUUCCUUUCUUAUAGAGGCUUCUAAAAAGGUAUUUUUAUAUGUUCUUUUUAACAAAUAUUGUGUACUACCUUUAAAACAUCAAUGUUUUGAUCAAAAUAACUAAAGACCCAGCUUAUUUUCUGCUUGCUGUAAAUUUAGCAAACAUGCUGUAAUAAAAAAAAUGAAGGAAAUACUGAUCCACUGGAAUUAUUGUAGCUUUAGAAUUUGACUCCAAAGCAUGGCUAGGAAGAGCUGUGCAUCCUCUAUGGAGUAAAAUCCUUACUAUAGUAUUUCAGUAAAAUCAGGAAUUUAUCAUUUGUUGCCUGAGUAAAUAUCAUUUUCUAUCUUUAAAGGGGUACUAGAUGAAAUAAGAAUGAUAAGCAUGUGCUUUGGUCUAACAUAUUGACAUUUCUUUUUGGUUAACUUUCAUUAUUACUGGAUAGGCUUCUCUAUGGUUUUAAUUCAGAUAUUAGUCACAUUAUGAACUACUGAAAAUCAGUGACUGAAGAUUCACAUAUAACCAAAUUUCUCGCAAUGGCUCAUCGCCGUACGUUUGUCAUAUUAAAAAAGUGCCAGCUGAGGUUCUCUAGCAACUUGCUGCUUAGAAUUCAAGCUGCCUGUGGUAUAUACAAGUAGUCCUUUGUCAGCUACAGAAUAAAAACUAUUCUGAGAAUCACUUGAAUGCUUAGGAAGUGUAAGAGUGGGCUUACCAGUCACUGGGCUGUGGAUAUCAUUGUUGUGCAUAGAAAUGGCUUGCAACAGCAGAAAGCCCACACUUCUUAAGCUUCUAUAAAUGAAUGUGCUUUUCAGAACUGAAAUACUGCUUAAUGGUUCACCGUUCUCUUGGGAGUGUGCAGUUGUGUUUCAAUCAGCAGCCUGCAGAGGAUUGCUGCACCUAAAGUUCACAUUAGCCCAGCCAGAAUUACGGGUACAACUACAGGGAGGAAGGGAGGGAGAACAUCUUUGUAGUCCAGACUGUUUCUGAUUUGUGUUGAAAGAGUAAUAGUGACAUACCUUAAUAAUUGUGUCCUUAUAUUGUGUGCCUCAACAUUUGUAUAUAGCACAGUUUAAUUUUUUUUUUUUUGUUUUGAAAA